AUGCGUGUCUUCCGGAGAGGGAUAAAAUUGGAACUUCGGUGUCCCCAAUGUGUUCAUGGGAUCAUAGCUAAUCCACAAAUUGGCUGGAGUUUUGAUGAACUUCUAUCAGAGCUUAAUGCUGUCGAUCACAAACUUCAAGCAUUCUUAUUGGUCCCUAUACUACCUUUCUCCAAUACACAUUCAAGGUACUAUGUUAUAUCAUCUUAUGAGGUCGUGAAAGCUCAACAUUCUCCUCAAGGAAAAGGAGGCACUUUCAUGCAGGUUGAGCUUCGUGAUGUUGAUAGUGGAAACAAAGUCAAUGCAAAAUUUCGUACAGAUGAGACAGUUAAAAAAAUAUUUGUUGAAUCCAAAUCUUUCACAUACCUAUACACAGAUGAAGAAACUGACAGCAUUGUGUGUUGUGUGUGGGCAGGGAUAGUUGCUCUUCGAAGAGCCAAAAAGAGAAACAUGGAACGUUUAGUUUUCGCAUGUGGUGGUGAAGCUGUUAAUUAUGUGGACGAUUUAGCCCCUGAUGUUCUUGGAUGGGAAGAAAGGUAUACUUUUGUUGAGAAUGUAAGGCAUCCAAACUCUUGCACAAUCUUAAUUAAAGGACCAAAUGACCACAUGAUUGCACAAAUCAAGGAUGCUGGUGCUGGUGCUUUUGAGGUUGUUGCCAGACAGCAUUUGAUUAAUGAAGUGAAGAAAACUAUUAAAGGGCGUGCUCAACUUGGUGUUCAAGCUUUUGCGGAUGCUUUUCUUAUUGUGCCAAAGACACUUGCUGAAAAUUCUAAACUUGAUACGUCAUAA